AUGAAAAACUCGGAUUUUUUGAUACUUCAAUUUCUUGAUGAAAAUAAAAUCGAAGGAAUUGCUGUUGAUAACUUGAAGUGGAAGCAUCAUCUCUGCAAGAACCUGAAACUUAAGCCUGACAAAUUAACCCUGUUUGUGGACCAUAAGUGCGUAACCAAUCAGCUUUUGGGUCGAGUUAAUGCUACUACUCGAUCGAGCAUUGAGGAUCGAGUUUCUCCCGCAACAUCCACAGUUUCAAUGGGGGAUAGCCGAGAUUUGUUAGAGGGGAAGAGUAAAGUUGCAGAUGAGCACUCUGAGAAAUCAAUAAUCUGGAGACUGACAGAAGUGAAAGAACGAUCGCAGUGUCAGUCCCUGAGAGUUCCAGAUAGUUUAACGUCGACAAGGGUGUCAAGGUUGAUUUAUACCAAUUCAGGAAAUGCCAUAUUGGCUCUAUAUGCCAAUUCUGUACACAAUCUCUGGAAAUGGCCAAAAAGUGAUGGUAACCCAGCAGGGGAGGCAAGAGCAAAUACUAUGCCUAAAUUAUGGAAACCUCGUAGCUGGAUGCCGAUGACCAAUCAUAUUAAUCGAAUGAAUCCUGAAGAUAGGGUGCCAUGCUUUGCACUGUCCAAGAAUGAUGCUUAUGUUAUAUCGGCGUCAGGAGGGAAAAUCUCUUUAUAUAAUAUAUCUACCUUCAAAACAAUGGCAACAUUCAAAUCCCCUCUACCUGCAGCAACAUUUCUGGCAUUUCAUCCCCAAGACAGUAACAUCAUAGCAAUUGGCAUGGAUGAUUCAUCUAUCCAAAUAUAUAAUGUCAAGGUUGAUGAGGUCAAAGCCGAGCUCAAAGCUCAUCAGAAAAGGAUAACUGGCAUUGCCUUCUCUAAUAUUCUUAACGUGCUCGUAUCUUCAGGAGCUGAUUCUCAGUUGUGUGUUUGGAGCAUUGAUACGUGGGAGAAGCAAACAAGUGAAUACUUGCAAAGCCCACCUGGUUGCUCGGCUGCAUCUCUUGCAGAUACUCAUGUACAAUUUCACCGGGAUCAAACACAUUUACUAGUAUUCCAAGAGAGACAGAUAGCAAUAUAUGAAGUACCUAAUUUGACAUGCCUUGUGCAGUCUGUACCCCAACGAGCAAGUGGCCGAAUCACAUGUGCUACAUAUUCUUGCGAUGGCCAAUCCAUAUACAUCAGCUUUGAAAAUGGAAGUGUAGGUGUUUAUACUGCUCCAUCAUUGUGUUUGAGAUGUCGAAUCAAUUGCUAUGCAUACGCACCUCCCUAUCCAAGCGUAUCGGCCUAUCCCUUAGUUAUUGCUGCUCACCCUUACAAGCCUAACCAAUUUGCAUUAGGACUUACUGAUGGUGGAGUGUGUGUAAUUGAGCCACUAGAGUCGGAAGGCGAGUGGGGCACCUUACCUCCACAAGAAAACAGUGCUGGUUCAAGCACGGGUCAUGCAGCUAGUUCUGAUCAACCUCCAAGAUAA